AUCAGCGCUUAAUUCGCGUAGUUGCGUAUCGCAAUAUUUUACAAUAAAGUCGCGGUUUUGCUUAAUUUUUGACUGAAGCAAACGUAAAAAUUGGACAUUAUAGUAAGUGCUUCCUGUUUAUAAGAAAACUUUUGGUAAAUAUCCGUAAAAUCUACAAUUGGCUAUCAUGGCAAAUAAUUCGACAUACCACUGUAUAGUGUGCACACUCACCAAGAUCCCAUUUGCUUCGUUGGGUAAAGAAAGUCAGCAUAAGAUAGUGAAAAGUGGCCGACCCAUGAAGCAGAUACCAAUAUUGCAAACCAAAUAUAAAAAUGCUUUCAACAUGAAAACUCACGGCUGGGUAACUGGCUGUGACAAAAAUCAACUUGUGUAUUGUUGGCCUUGUUUGUUGUUCAGUACUAGCGAAUACGACACAUGGGGAAGACGAGGCUUUAGCGAUUUUCAUCGGUUAUCGCAUGCCAUUUUUGAACAUUCAAAGGAUGCUUCCCAUCAAGCAAAGAGUACAACUUUAAAGCUGUGGAUGGAAAAUUCCUCCGAUGCAAGCGACGAUAGCAGCGACGAGGAACUUGAAUGUAUUCCCGAGCUAGAUUUUCUAAAUUCAAACGUGUCGGAUUCGGAAGAAGAGCUUGACAUCAAACCGAACGUGGAAGCGCUGAACGCUUCCUCCUCGUCCUCAUCACAACAGGCCGUGACAGCCAUUCUUGAUCUUUGUGACCCAGCGGGAGUUAAGGAGAUAGAAGUUUCCAGGAGCAGCCCGAUUGUGAUAAGGGACACAUCACCGGUUGCGUCCGUGAGCUCCGAUGUGGGGCCGCCUAUUUUAAUCGCUUCGUCAGCUGUAACUACCGCAGCCGCACCUGUUGCUUCUAUCCAAAAACCCGCCGCUGCUUCUCAAGAGGAAGAAAUUGCCAAAAUUUAUCGAGAUACAGUAGACAUGUCGAGCGGAACGGGUACGGAAAAGUAUCAGCUCAAGUGGCACUCUCACCAACAGAAUCUAAAUUCUUCGAUCUCUUGUCUUUAUAAAAAUGACAGAUACGCCGAUGUUAUGCUAAUAACUUGUAACAACGAAGAAAACUUCUCCAUAGCGGCUCACAAACUAGUUCUAGGAACAUCCAGUACGUAUUUCGCCAACAUCUUUGAAAAGAAUCUAACACCACCGAAUACCAUGACGUACAUCGUUCUGCCACCGGAACUGACCAGACGUGCACUGCAGACGUUGAUCCAGUACAUGUACACCGGCGAAUCGACCGUAUCGGUGGACAUCUUGAAUGAGGUCCUACGCGGUGGUGAGCUACUGAAAAUUCGUGGUCUCUGGCGAAAUCCUGGCGGAGCACCGGAAGGUGCAGCCUCUUCCGAGCACACCGUUCCUACCGGUACUCACGGUCGCCAUCGAACGGAAAGGAUUUCCGUUGACCGGAUACCGCUGCAGGAACCACGAGUAGCCCAGAAUCCAGUAUCCGUACACGAUAGUCCGGUGAUUGUGACAAAUUCAUCCAAAACUUACGGGAUAAGUCAGACCGCUCAAACACCGGCCAGCUCAUCAGCACCGAUUAUCAAUGUUAAAAAGGAUGUUGCCAUCGAUCCUGGGGCGGAACGGUGCAGAUCGGGCGCAGGUCAAUGUGGCGGUUUCUCACCUAAUACGAAACGAACUCACACGAUCAUAAAUCAGGAAAAUAGCCCUCAGACACCCCGGCAGCACAACAUCCCAAGGUUAUCCCCCUCCAGAGCGGUUCUCUCCAACACUGAAAAUGUUCCAAAUCCAGUCAGCGCCGCUCAAACAAUGCCGGAAGAACUGAAUUUUCUAAAUGUUAAAGAAGAGCCGGUAGAGUGGACGGAUGUUGGUGCUGGUGAAAUUAGUAUAGACAAAACAGGGCUCGCUCAGGUAAAAGUGGAAUUGAAAGAAGAAGGAAUCACUGACGCGAGAAGUAUAGAACAAGCACAGGAACAGGUGUAUUCUCCGUUAACAUGCGAACUGUGUAGUGAAACUUUCACCGUCCCAGCUGAAUGGGUACGUCACAUCGAAAGUCAUACGGAUACUCCACAUACGGCCACGAAGCGUCGACGUCGGAUGGGAAACGAUAACGACGCGGACACCACGGCCGCUCUGAAGUGCGAUCUGUGUGCCAUGUAUUUCGUAACUCCGGCCGAGUGGGUGCGUCACGUGCAGAGCACCCACACCGAAACCGAACUAGCCAUGUCCAACAACAGCACCCUUCCCAGGCGGAGUAGCAAAUCUUACGCCGGCUCGGACUUGCAGCAUCCACAGGCGGUUACGUUUACCACGUCGUCGUCGGCGGCGGCGCAUCAGCAACCACAGGAGCGGACUUGUUCCGUUUGCAACAAAGGCUUUCCAUCCUACGCUAGCAUGAUUAUUCACAAGCGAACACACACGGGUGAACGCCCAUUCUACUGUGAAAUCUGCAAUAAAGGCUUCAAUGUGAAGUCCAAUCUUUUGCGGCACAUGCGAACAUUGCACAACCAACAGGGCAGCCAAUCACCGACGCAAGGCGAUCCGGACAGCAGUCACAGUUCCAACGACUAGACGACCGGCGAUGGUCCUCUGGUGGUCUCGCGCGUUCUCUAGAGGUAGCAAGCUGUAUGUUAAAUGUUUUAACCUUAGGUAAGACCAAAAAUCGCAGUGCAGCAAACCCGUUUUUACGCCAAUCUAGCUUAACCAUCCUUUUGUACAGUCAAGUGUAAAUGUUAAGCGAAUCCGCUCUGUCACUUUUUCAACUAUCCUUAAGGCUUCCCUGAUGUAACGUUUUCGACCGCUUUCAAUCUCUAUGCACUAGUGCAAGUACCGCCGCUCACUAUCUACAUCUAGCGCGAGCGGGGCCAACGUCGUUGUCCAUAUUCAUUGUGGCAGUUAACAUUGAUCUACCGCUAAAACAUUUCGGUGGUGAUAGAAAG